GUGGCGGAGUCGGUGUUCACGCCCUCAGAGACACGCACCUGUUUGCCGUCUGCCAUGGCCUGCUAGAUCAACGCUUUAUGGUCAUCCUUUCAACACACAGGAACGGAGCUGCAACCAUGACGAUGCGCCGCUUGCUAGUGCUCUGCUCCAUCUUUGCCAUGAGCGUGAGGACCACCAUCAGUGCGGACGCUUCUGAUGAAACACACCGGAAUAAAAUUGAGACUUCCGACUCCGUCAGGGGGAAGCCACAGAGCCCCGCGACGCCGUCUCCGGGGCUGGACCUCCUUCCCAGCAACACAGAUGGAGGAUCGUCUGAGAAUGUACAGCUCCUCAAGUCCAGACACGAUUCAGUUCCUCAGAAUUAUGCCUGGUCGCUAGCUGGCAAGCAAUGGCAUGUAGAUGUAAAAAGAGAUAUUAGUGAACCUGUAAAAGUGGUGGAUGCUACUGAUGACCUGGAAGAAACUGUUUACGAUGAUGAGGACGUCAGUGAUAUCGGGAGCGACGUCUCCGACACAUACAACGAAGAUGACUCUCUGAUGUCUGCCAGAAACGACCUCCUUUCUGCCCCGACUGAGUUCCUCGACGUCAGCCUCGACGUCCCACUGUUUCCGGAAUCUCCUUCGAAGCGCGGAGGACCCUAUUGGGUGGCUCGAGGCAAGAAGGGCAUACGUGACUACAUUCCCUUCUACUGGGGUUCCAAUCAGAAUAUUCUCGGUAAAACUGCCUUCAGUCGCUCUGCCGUCUCGCAGCUGCUUCCCCUCGGAUCCAGCAAUCCCGUUCAGAACGAGAGAAGUGGCACGGAGGCGUCUCACAGCAUUAAAAGUUCCGGUUGGGAGUCUAACCAAAAUUUUUGGGGCAAGAGAAACAACGGUCCCUUUUGGAUAUCUCGAGGAAAGAAGGGGAGAGACGAUGAGCCCUCUAUGCCGGAGAGCAAAUGGUACAACAGGUAUCGGUCUUGGGGCUCAAAUCCCCCGUACUUUGGAAAGAGAAAUAUUUUGCCAGAUGCGCGAUUUCAAGCAAAACAGUUAAUCACCCGAAAUAUGGACAGAAGAGAGGACAAUGGACCCUUUUGGCUGAGUCGAGGCAAACGAUCGCAGACUCUAGACGAAGAAUUUACUCCCUGGAUGUUUGAAGAGCUCAGCAGAGGCCAAUCGAAGAACUUUUGGACAGCACGAGGCAAGAAAGAAGAGGAAGGAGGGACCAGGCCUUUCUGGAUCUCAAGAGGAAAGAAGAAAGAGGGGAACACGGUGACCCGCGGAGCGUCAACCAAAGACGUCACCAAUCCAUUCUGGGUUUCAAGAGGCAAGAAAAACCAAAGUCCAUUCUGGGUUGCGAGAGGAAAAAAGGAAAAAGACAGAGGGCUUUGGGAUAAAGUUGGGCAAAUGGAUAAGCCAUUUUGGAUUGCCAGAGGGAAGAAAGCUGCUGAGUCUAAUUUCAGGGAGGAAGAUGAAGUGGUUGACAGACCAUUUAAGGACGGGAGAUGUAAGAAAGAAAGGGAAGGCAAUGCUUUUUGGGUCGCCAGAGGGAAGAAAGAAAGAGAAGAUAAUAAUCCCUUUUGGGCUGUGAGGGGAAAGAAAACUGUAGUAAGCAAUCCUUACUGGAUAUCAAGAGGAAAGAAAGAAGAUGCAGGAGACAUAUUAGACAAUCCGUUUUGGGUUACGCAGGGAAAAAAGGAAGGGGACGAGAAUCCCUUCUGGGUCGCCAGAGGGAAGAAAGAGGAAGUAGUGAACCCCUUCUGGGUCGCCAGGGGAAAGAGGCCUACGCAUGAGCCGACGGAAAAUGGGGAAGAAGGUGGACCUUUCUGGGUAGUUCGAGGCCGCCGGGAUUACGAUCAGAAGACCCAACAAGGAAACUCGGAGCAGCUUCUACAAUUCCUGGACGUAGUGCUUGCAGACGAUCAUAAUCAAGCACAGAGAAGAAACAAUGACAUGCCGGUCUCUUCCUUAUAAACAUCGCUGACCCAAAGGGCUGGUCCUGGCCAGGCUCUCCGAAUUCGAAGAGAUUAGUCCUGACCAAGAUCUCUGUCCCUAAAAGACGAAUCCCGGACAUAACAUGCUGGCCCCGAGUGAUUAGUCCUGGACUUUAGACUAUUUCCGACAGAGCGCUUAUAUAAGAACAAAAAAACACCUUGCGUGAAAGAUUCAUCCUCUCAGAUCAAGAAGUCCUUACACAGUAAUAAGAUAACAGUGAUCAGAUGUUAGAGGUAAAGCUCUCCCUCUCUCAAAUCGUGGACAAAACCGCAUUGUAACCGAGGACAUGGUGAAUUAUCUCUGGAACAUCAAUAUUGUUUUGUUUGUACUUUACAUCAAGGAUAGACGGCGUUUACUAAGGUAUCUUUUCUAUAGCAUGCACUACUAGGCAACAGUCCUUAUCAGUGAAAGUGUGACAGGCAAUAAAAAGAAGAGAGGAAGAGAGAUAAAAGGAAAGACAAAAAAGGACAGAUUAAAAAUGAGAGAAUUUGCCGUCUGAAAUACAAUGGUUAUUGAUUACUAUGGUGACAUUGUUGUUGCUCGAAUCUACGUGUAUUUUUUUCUUCACUGCGACUGCAAAUUCUGUCUUGGAUGGAAUAACAGAAAUU